GCUUAGGGCGUAAGUGUCGAAAAUGUUGAAAAUGCACGAUGGAAGGAUAUCUAAGCGACACGCUCUUGCAUCUAGAUAGGAAAAUUGCAUUUAUUGUCGAUCGGUUUCAAGAGCUGGAUUGAACUUUGAAGAAAAAAAAAUGUCUUCAACAGUUUACGGACAGUCCCCAAAGACCACAGAGCGAAGUGAGCCGCACUGAUAAGGAACGCACUAAGCGUUGUUUGAAAUUUCGAAUGUCGAUGAAGUGCAACGAAGAACUAUCUUAUCAACGGAUUUUAUAGUUCUACGUUAAAGCCUUGAAAUGGCUGACAACCAACAGAGUAGAUUUGAAAAAUCCUUGGGGUUAUUGACUACAAAAUUUGUAACCCUGCUUCAGAAGGCUAAAGAUGGUGUUUUAGAUCUCAAGUUGGCUGCCGACAUACUUGCAGUGCGCCAGAAGAGGAGAAUAUAUGAUAUUACUAAUGUGUUAGAAGGUAUAGGCCUCAUAGAAAAGCGCAGCAAAAACAGCAUACAAUGGAAGGGGGCAGGUCCAGGAUGCAACACUCAAGAAAUGUCUGACCGUCUGUCAACUCUAAAAGGUGAAAUCACCCGAUUAGAGGAGCAUGAAAAAAUGUUAGAUACUCAUAAACAGUGGAUACAGCAAAGCAUAUUAAAUAUUCUGGAAGAUGGAGAUAAUAAUAGGCUGGCAUAUCUUACUUACCAAGAUAUCAGAGGCUGUUUUGACGAUGAAACUAUCUUAGCUGUCCAGGCGCCUAAUGGAACUCCUCUGCAGGUUCCUGUUGUUGAUCUGAAUGCUCCAAAGCCUAAGUAUCAAAUUCAUAUAAAAUCAACAUCUACUCCAAUCUACGUCAUGCUGGUGGAUUCUGAUGAACACGUCAUUGGUUCAGCAGCAUUACCUCUUAAAGAACUGAAAAAUUCAGCCAAAGAAGACUCUACUCAGGUGUCAGUAAAAUUAGAAAAGAAAGAACUUCAAACUAAAGAAUCCAAAAAGAAUACAUCAGAAUCGGAUUUCAAAAAAUCUCCGACAAGAAGUCCUAGCAGUAGUCCUGAUUUGAAGAGAAAGCUUGCAGCACUUGUAGAGCCACCAGCAACUAGGUCAAAAUCUGGUAUCAAGGGGUCCCCUACCAAAAAGAUGGCUGAAGCUAUGCAAAGUCCUGUUCGUGGUGGUUUGUCUAAGAGAGGUCGCUCUAGUAUGAGUAGACCUGCAAAGCAGCCACGUUUAGAUGAUGAAUCUGAUUGUAAGGAGAGGGAAGAAAAUGAAACUACUGAGCCUGAAAGUGACAACCCUGUUGACCCUGAUGUUGACUCAGAUAGUGAAGUGACAGAGCUUGAUGCAGAAGUUAUUUUGAGAGAUCUUGGUUCAAGAGAUUUAUUAUUUGGAGCCGAAAAUGGACUUUCAGAGGAUACCUUUGACAUUUACGGACCACUCCUAAGACUAAGCCCACCACCUUGUGAAAAAGAUUACUUGUUUAAUUUGGGAGAGGGAGAAGGUGUGUGUGACCUAUUCGAUGUACAAAUGCUGUCAUUGUAGAUGGAAGCUCAGAAAUACAAAUACCAAUAUUUGAAAUCGUGGGUUGUUAUAGGAUACAGUGCCUAAUUUCCAGGCAUAGAUAUCUUCCUCACUGGUGGAAAAGUAAUCUUGAAACUAAUUAGUUUAGUUUGUUCCAUCUCAAUGCUAGACACUUACUUUAUUAAAUUAAUAGUACAAAUAUUUCAUCAGACUUUUUGAAUUUAUGGUACUCUGUUAUUUUAUUGUUUUGAUUUUGAUUCUUCAGUUUGUAUAUUUGUGUCUUGUCUGUAGUCCUAUUGUGCUUGUUCAAGCGGGUUUCUCUGUCCCCCUUGAGCAUAUUCAUGGCAAAAUUGUAUUUUUAGGUUAUUUGUGGGCCUCCUUUCUUGAAAGUAUCCAUUCAGCUUCUGGCACCAAAUUGUUAACAAUACCCUCACUAUGCUUACCUGUGCACUAUAAUAGUGGUGACUAUGGUAUUCAUUUUCUUACUACUUUCUUUUUUUUUAUAUGAGUGUAACUUUUUUUUGUAUGCCCCUCCAGAGUUUUUUUUUCUUUAUCACCUGUAAUUGUUUUCUUCUGUAACAGUUCAUUCUCAUGUUUAGUUUUGUUAUUGCUGGGGACAGUUGGGCCAAACACUCUACUAUUGGCAUCUUUAUUAUUUUGUUCUGAGAAUUUUUGCACACAUUGAAUUUUUUGCUCUGUGCCUUUGUUUUCUAUCUUUUUUUCUAUCAAUUUGUAAAUCCAUCAAAUUAAUAUAAACUUUUACUAAGCUUUCUGAAAAAAAUCUUGAGUUGUAUGGUUACUCAUUUGAAAAUUUUCUGGAAUGCACAUAAAAUGAGACACUGACUGUUUUGUUUCACAAAAUUCUUGCGCAGAUGGAACUUUUAUGAUGAAUUUGUGUUAUUCCACUUGUAUCUACUUUUGUGUGGCUUUCUGUUUUUGUUAAACAUAUUUUUUUUUGUAAAAGAUUAGUGUUUCACUUUGUUUGUAACACAACUUACAUUUUUAGGUUACCAUGCUUAAAUUAAGCAGUAACACUAAAUCAGUUUUCUUCAGUGAACCGGUUCUGAUGUUAACUCCAUACUUAUUUCCACGUUACCUUUGUCAUGGUUGCUUAAAUUUUGUUAUGUAACUGGCUUGCUUCUUAUCAUUUUCACAUGUGCGUGCACCUUGCCAAACACUGUGGUCAUGUUUUCCAGUCAAUAUAUAAAAGACCGUGAACAGCUUG